CUGAGUCCCAUCCGCCAAGAGUGCAGACGGGGCUCAGCCGAAAGAAGCCUUCCUCCUCCUCCUCCUCCUCCCCGUAAGCACCACCGCGCGGGAACCGGGCUGCAGCUACCGAGGGAGAGGCUGCCUGGGCGGCCCCGAUAAGAAGCGACGAGUUCUGUCGUCUUGUUUCCGUCGAAUUGCAGAUAAAAUAUCGGCGCGUUGACAACUGUGACUCUUCGAGAAAAGUCGAGGGAGUUGGAGCCGUAAGGGAGGCAGUGUUACUUCCCAAGGAAGGAUGAAAGGUUGAUAUUGCAACAGCUGCAGCCUAUGAGUAUUUCAUCCAGAACAGAGCAGGACAGCCUGGAGGAUAUACUUAAGGUCUACCAGUCAUGAAACGAAUUCUUCUGUUCUUUAUCCUGGCUGCUGCUGUUAUGUACGGUAUACUGCAUGGAAAUUUGUGGAGAAAUAACCUUUACUGGAUUAGCUUUUACGGACAGACUUCCCCUGUGAGGGCUCCUCCUUCCUAUGAGACUAGUGGAGUUACCCAGCUGCCACCUACGGCUGUGGAGAGAAGGAACACGCUGGACACUUGUCUCCUGAAACCAGCAUUUGAACCUUUACUGGGUGUUGACAAAAUAUACCCGUUCCUGUGUGCUAAUGAUUUUGUCAGAGUGGCGGAGUUCCACGGGAGCGAUAAGUUUGAACUGCCUUAUGGAAUAAAGAGAGCAGAGCAAUUCUUUCGUUUAGCCCUUUCAAGACUGCAGAACUGUGGACUUUCCAAUGAAGGUGACAGCAUCGACUGUCGACGGUGUGUUGUGGUUGGUAAUGGAGGAGUACUUCGAAAUAAGACGUUAGGGGAGAAAAUUGACUCAUACGACGUGAUAAUAAGAAUGAAUAAUGGCCCUGUUAUAGGGUAUGAAGAGGAUGUUGGGAGGAGGACGACUUUCCGCCUUUCUUACCCGGAAUCCAUCUUCUCAGAUCCAAUCCACUAUGACCCUAACACGACUGUUGUUCUCAUCGUCUUCAAACCCCGUGACUUGAAGUGGCUUUGGGAGAUACUAGGUGGUCAGAAAAUAAGCGCUAAAGGCUUUUGGAAGAAACCGGCUCUGAACAUGAUAUACAAAGCUAGUCAAAUCAGGAUUCUUGAUCCCAGCAUCACCAGAAAAACAGCUUAUGAAUGGCUCCGUUUCCCAACAAGGUUUCCCAAAAAGGAGAAACCCAAGCAUCCAACAACGGGACUGAUUGCCAUUACACUAGCAUUUCACAUAUGCCAUGAGGUUCACCUGGCAGGCUUCAAGUACGAUUUCACUGACAGAAACAGUUCCUUGCACUACUACGGCAACGACACAAUGUCUCAGAUGAUGCAGAAUGAAUACCACAACAUCAACGCUGAGCAGAAAUUUUUGAAGAAGCUUAUAGACAAGAAUUUUGUGGUCAAUUUGACGUGAAAGCUGAAUGGAAAAUACCAAGAACAAUCACUAUUUUCAAGAUAUGAAAAAUUUUUAUUUUUUGUAUGACAUUUUUAUUUUUUAAGUGCAGCAUAACUGUUUACUGUUUAAAAGGAGCACAGAAACCUCCCCAAGGCAGAAGCUUUUUCUAAGCCUGAGGGUAAUGGACUAUUGCAAACAGAGUUAACUGAAUUUCUGUGAAACUGUUUAAUAAUGGGAAAACCAUGAAACUUCCCGCUGGAAGUAUCAGGGAUAUAUAAAAAUGUGAUGCACAUCAUUUAUUUAUCAGCAAGAACUCUUUCCAAAUGAUUACUUCUCUGGAAUACUUUUGUUUCUGAUGUUGUCCUCCAAAAGAGUUAUGCUGUCAAGAGACUGAGACGACCAGUGUUUAAUUAGUAGACGGCUGUAAAGUCUUGAAUGUUUCUCCUGCAGUAUGAAAACAGCUUUAAAAAAAUGUCUAUACGUCAUUACUGUGUGUCUGGGAGAAGGAGGAACAUAGAGAGUGUACAGGUUUUGGUCUGCCCUACUGCUGAGGAGGGAAUGUCCAUCUUCAGCAAAGAAGCCACAGCUUCUGCACUUGGCCAUCAACUCUGAACUGCUGUCUGCCUUUUGCCGAAGGCGAAGACCCUUUCAUCUGAUUUGUGGAGAUGUUGGUAUUGACAAUGCUCAUAUUGUACCCCAUUUAUGGAAAACCAUACUCCCCAUGCUGUGUGUCCAAUAAAUCUUACAGUUGGUGACUUGACUUAGAAAAGAGGCAGUAUGAAGACGGAAGAGUUGUCCUAACUACCUGCGUGUCCGCUGCUUCCCCCAGACCACAGCAGAAGCGUGGGCUGGGACAGAGAUGUUUACGCCUGAGUUUAAAUUUAGAGCCAACGGUUGUUGGAUUCCUACAUCUCCAGGACAGGAUCCCAUGUAUCUUUCUGUUCGCACCCCAAGAAUCGAGGUGUAUUUUUCCAAACCAGCGCAGUCUCCUUUCUCUGAUGCUGUAACGCGUUUCCGCCUUUGAGAUGCGUCAAUAUGAGCAAUGAAUGUUCCCAUUUUUGGCAGUAGAAUGUGCUAGGGCAUAUCCAAGAUGUACCUCAGCUGAAUUAUCACUUGGCUUCUGUUUACCUCUCCUGUCUUGACAUUUAGGUUUAAAGGAUGUGGCUGAACUAAAUAAUUUAGCAGUGGGAACGUACUCGGGAUUUUAAUUGAAACAUUUAAUGGGACGUUUGUUUGCUGUAUUGGUUUGUCUCAGACAAGCCUGCUGAAUAAGUUAAAUCUGCCUGGGAAUGCCCUUGACAAUGGUCAAAGAAGAACAAGUAAUAUGCUGUUCCAAUUCUCUCAUGGGGGGUUGUAUAUAUAUAUUUUUUUUUUUAAUUGUGGCAGAUUUGUUUUAAGAUCUUGUUGUUAUCUUGAUCAAUGACACCUAAAGAAACCACAAAGAAGUCCAUGUCAAAAAAAAAAAAAAGUCUUUAAAGUUGGUAGAAAAACCUUUGCUGCUUUUUAAUAAAAUUUUAUAGAGAGUUUUAGUAUGUUUAGGAGCAGUGCAAACAAUUACAAUCAGAAAACAAACCUCUAGCCGGCCAAGAGCACAGUAUUUGUGUUUUCAGAAGCUGAGGAUUACAAGAAUACUGAACGCAAUUUCGUUGCUGCAGCAAUGUAGAGGAAUAAGCAUUGAAGUGACCAAAGAGUCAUCUUUCUUUUUUCCUAUUUCUCUUGCAGAGUGCAAUAGGUAUUUAAAAAAAACCCCACGU